GCAGUUGCCUUUGCAAAAGUUUUGAUUACAUUAAAAGUUUUUUUUACAUAACACAAAAUGAAUUUGAAAGUUGUUGAUAUAGCCAUAAAAGAUGGAAUUAUGCCAAAAGAAUUUUACUGGAAUUCGUUGCAAAUUAAUCGAUUAAAUUACAUCCUCGCCAAUAUCAAAUCUAACGAGCCACAAACCUUUGAAAUGCACAUUCCACAAAUGCCAUUACACUCGACACCGCUUUGUUUCACAUUCAUUGUACAAAACACAUCCGAAACAGAUGAAAGAGAAUUGAAAAUUUUCAAGCGAACUUCAUGUGAUUGCUCAUUGAAGCAAAAUCGAGUUAGGAAGAAUGGAAGUGGAUUCAAAUGUCCACAUCGUAAUAUUGCAGAUCUACGACCAUCAAAUGUACAAAUUAAAUCCAAUAAUUCAAUAGAACUGGAUAUGGUUUUUCGAUAUGAGUUGCUGGGUCAACAUGAUAUUACAUUUCAUAUUGUCUCAUCACAUUAUAUUGUUAAGCUUAAAUUAAUUGCGGCAAUAUCCGAGUUCAAUCCUAUGGCAAUGUUAUUGACAAAUAAAUUAACCCCCGUGGUUAUUGAUAACGCUUCCUACACGCAACAAGUCGUUUGGCUAUAUAAUCCAUACUCAAGUGACAUUGAGAUAAAAUUAAUUAGUUAUGAUGCUAGCUUAACGUUUCCUAAUGAUGUUAUUUUGGUCAAAAGUCAUGUCCAUACUGCAGCUUUUGUCAACUUUUUGCCAACUUACGUGGGAUGCUAUGAAAUGGAAAUUGGAAUUAUCUUCAAUGAAUGUGAAUGUAGAACAAAAAUGUAUGCUGAAUGCAAAUCCUCUUCUGCAUGUAACACAAAUUGUGCAUGGCUCAUUCACAACUCCCCAAACAGCCAUAUUCCAUCGCAAUUAAAUCCCUUUGUAAUACAUGGAGAUAAUUUGUGUAUUGUGAUUCCACAAAAUGGAAUUUCGAAUGAAAAUUUAAUUGGUUUACAGAACAACUCGAAACAUUGCAUUAAAUAUGAAUGGGGCAAUUUUGAUUCAUUGGAUUUACCCUGUAAUAUCUCUAUUGAGCCACAUACUGGAUUUCUCAAAGCUGGAUUUACAAAAUUAUUUCAUAUAAUUGUGAAGUCUUAUGGACAUGCUGUGCAAAUGCAUUUGAUACCAAUGAAAUGUAAUAUUUAUCAGUAUGAUAAUGAAGUAUUUCGUGAAUAUUUAGUUCCUGAUGGAUAUUUUGAAUAUAAUGAUCGUGGAUUUUAUGAGAAGCCAUCUCAAUGGUCGCCAAAGUGUCUUGAACUUGUGCAUACUCUAUACAUUAACAUGAAUAUCAAAGUGCUGAACAGUAAUGAAUUUUCUCGAGCUAUAAGCAGCACAAAUGAGAAAGGAGAUAAUUGUGAUACCUUAAUGCAUUGGAUCUGCAACAAUACUAAUCUUUGUAGUGAAAAAUUGAAAGAAACUCAAAGCAACUCGUUUAAUAAAGAAAAACUUUCAACAUCUAUGCUGCACGAAGAUGAUAGCGGGAAAUGUAUGGUGGAGAUGAUAAUCAGUAAUUGCACGGAGAAAAUUAAAUGCAUGCAGCAAGAGAAAAAUCCAGAUCAGAGAAAUUUUCUUCAAAAGUUUUCAAUUGACAUGGAAACUCAAUGCCAUAAGCAUGAUUCAGAAAAGAGGAAAUUAAAUAUGCUCCUUCAAAUCAUGAAUAGCUUACUUUUCGAAAGUAUUUCUGAAAAAUCAAAAGAAAAUCGUUUCGUUCCCUCGUCAUGGUAA